AUGGUACAAAGAUCUCGUGUAGCUAUAAUUGGAGCAGGUUCUGUUGGAGCGACAAUAGCUUUUGCUUUGCUUCUUCAAAAGGUAUCUUCUGAAAUCAUUUUAGUAGAUAUUGUUGAAGAAACCGUACAAGGUCAAGUUCUUGAUCUGUCAGACGCGGAUUUUAUCACUUCCACUCAAACUCGUGGUGGAACUUUUCAAGAGGCUGGUCAAUGCGACAUCAUCAUCAUUACUGCAGGCGCAAAACAAAAGCCUGGUGAAACUAGAGUCGAGUUAAUAGCGAGAAAUUAUAAAAUCCUGGAUAAUGUCAUCGGAACAAUGAAACCAAUAAAUCCACAUGCUAUUUUAUUGUUGGUUGCUAACCCAGUCGAUGUAUUAACAUAUAUUGCUCAAAAACUUUCCGGUUUGCCAAAAAAUCAAGUAUUUGGAUCUGGUACAUUUUUAGAUUCGGCUAGGUUAAGACUCAAAUUAGCAUCGUUGAUCGGGGUUGCAGAAAAUGCAAUUCAUUGUUAUGUACUAGGUGAACAUGGUGAUUCACAAUUCAUUGCAUGGUCUUCAGGUCAUGUUGGUGGCAAACCAUUGUUAGAUUUUCCAGAGAUCAAAGCCAUAGAUAAAGAUGCAAUUGCAAAGGAAAUCUCUGGAAAGGCCUAUGAAAUCAUAAAAUUAAAAGGUGCGACCUAUUUCGGGAUCGCAGGGUGUGUUUCAAUGUUAGUUCAAUGUAUUAUUCUUAAUCAAAGACAUGUUAGACCUUUGAGUACGUUUGUUGAAGAAUAUGGAUGUGUAUUGAGUAUGCCUGUUGUGUUGGGAGGUAACGGAGUUGAAAGGAUUAUUGAAGUGCAUUUAAGUUCUGAUGAAAAAGUGAGAUUACAACAAUCUGCCAAAGCUUUGAAAGAAAUUUGUGAUAAAUAUAUUCAUUAA